AUGCAGGCACCACACCUCACGACCUUAAAGGACGGCGAUGACAAGAAGGUUUUCGUGGCUCUGCUGAGCGGCAAAGACUGUGAAUGCCUGUGGUUGCAAGACCGGACUAUCCGACAGCUGAAAGAAGAAGCUCAGCCAAAACUGGAUCUUACGAUAAAGAACUUGAUUGGUCCCAACAUGGAGCCGUUGGACGAAGAGAAGAUGCUCGCAGAAGAAAACGUCAUGCCUGGCACAACGCUGACGGUCGUUGCAGCGGCCUGGCAUGUGACAGGACCAUUUAUGUCCAUGUCUAUGUCUGUCACAUUGCGCGUGGAUAAUGAAGGCAAACAUGCUUCAUGA